AUGCCUCCCGUAGCCGUCAGCGACAUGGAUCUCCCCGGCGAGCCGGUCCACCCCCUCCCCGAAGCAAAGGACCCUCUCGCCUCCUCCGUGCCGACGCCCCAGCUCUUCUCCCUCGCCAACAAGACCGUCGUCAUCACCGGCGGCGGCCGCGGCCUCGGCAUCACCUUCGCCCUCGCCGUCCUCGAGGCCGGCGGCCACGCCGCCUGCCUCGACAUCCUCCCGGAGCCCUCGCCCGUCGAGUGGGCUCACCUGUCCAAGCUCGCCGCCGCCGCCGGCCUCUCCGUCACCUACCACCGCUGCGACAUCACCGACGAGGCCGCCACCCAGCGCGUCUUCGAGGACGUCGCCGACGACGCCGACGCCCGCGGCGCCCCCUUCUGGGGCGCCGUCGCCUGCGCCGGCAUCCAGCAGAAGAUCCCGGCCCUCGAGUACCCCGUCGCCGACUUUGAGCGCAUACAAAAGGUCAACGUCGUCGGCGUCUUCGUCACCGCCAAGCACGCCGCCCGCAUCCUCGUCAACCGCAAGAGGAAGGGCAGCAUCCUGCUCAUCUCGAGCAUGUCGGGAGAGAUUGCCAACCGAGGACUGACGUGCAGCGCCUACAACACGAGCAAGGCCGCCGUCCAGCAGAUGUGCCGAUCCGUCGCUCAGGAAUGGGGCCAGUACGGCAUCCGCGUCAACACCCUCUCCCCCGGCUACAUCCGCACCGCCAUGACCGACCAGCUCCUGCAGGCCGAGCCCGACGUCGAGACAACGUGGAUGAGGGGCGCCCUGCUCCAGCGCCUCGGCACGCCCGAGGACUUCAAGGCCCCGGCCGUCUUCCUCCUGUCCGAGGGGAGCUCCUUCAUGACCGGCGCCGACCUUCGUGUCGACGGCGGACAUUGCGCGUCCGCUUAA